UUUGCAUCAACUCGUUAUCCACCCAAGCCAUAAUUGCUCAGUGUUGUAAUCACGCUACAUUUUCGUAAGAAGUGGAGGAGGAAAUAUGAAAAGCUGUGCAGGAUCAUCACCAUCAUCCUCAUCAUCAUCAGAAGAAGAAGAUCUCUUCGAAUGCGAUGCCUGCGUCGAAGGAAGGUCGGCCUUCCAUUUCAGCACCGCCAGCGUCAGCACCGAAGAAGACCGUCGUGCUAUCCGACCGGUACGAAGAAAAGCCUCCCUUCGGAACGGGCGCCUUCCAGUUCCACAUCAUAAUGACGCUGUCCCUCGCGGCGGGCACCUUCGCGCUACACUCGAACAGCUUCAAGCUGACGGCGACUGUCAUGGACCACUGGUGCAGGCGGCCGGCCCUCUUCGAGAACCUCAGCGUGGCCGAAUGGAAAGAGCUCGCCAUCCCCGUGGACGAGCGUGGAAAGCACAGUCACUGCACCGUUCGCGACCCGCCUGGCGCCGGGAGCGCGGCUCGCAUCGUGCGCUGCACGUCGUGGGAGUUCGAUCUUAGCGCGCACGGCAACAACAUCGUGAGCCAGUGGAACCUGGUGUGCGAUCAGCGCUGGCUGAUCGCAGUCGCGUGGCUCGUACACUCGGCCGCCUGCAUGGCCUCACUGCCCUUGGCGGGCGCGUUGGGAGACUGCAUCGGUCGCCGGAUCAUCGUGUUCAUCACCGUGCCGGUGGUGCUCAUAGCGGGCGUCGCGAGCAGCAUCCCCAACACCUUUCACUCGUUCGUGGCCGUGCGCUCCAUCUUGUCGGCGGCCAUCAGCGCCCUGGUGCCGCCGCUGGUCGCUCUCGUGUACGAAGUGACGCCCAUGCAGAAGAUGCCGGCGUACAGCGUGGCGAGCGCAGCGCUGCUGGUGGUCGCGUCGCCUGUCGCGCUGUUCGUCACGCGUUUCUUCAAGGCCGGCUGGGCAGCGGUGCAGCUCGUGCUGAUGGCGCCCGCGUGCCUCCUGGUCGCCAUAUACUACACCGUGGACGAGUCGCCGGCCUGGCUGAUGGAGAUCGGCGACCCGAAGGAAGCCGAGCGAGUCGUGUUGCGCGCGGCCGCCUUGAAUCACGUGCCUCUGGACGCGAGAGACGACUUGCUCGGGCAGUACGAGCAGUGGAUCAUCGGCCAGCAUCCUCGGGAAAGAGCCGAAUACCGCGGUGCGUGCAGCGACAGAUACAGGGCGCGCACUACUCUGCUGGCGUGCAUGUGGACGGCUCUGGGCUACUCGUAUGGCACGUGCGUAUCGAGCGACGUCGUCCACGCCAGCGACAUCGCCAACUUGCUGAGUCACCUCCUGUCUGGCGUCGCUUGCGUCCUGGCCGUCCCUAGUGUGCUUCGAUAUGGCUUCAGGCGCGUCGUGCUCGUCUCGGCGUUCGCGUUCAGCGGGAUGUCGGCGCUCCUGUUGGCUACCGAUGGAGGCGACGAGGAAUCGUUGCUUCGCGACGCUCUCCUGCUCAACUUGCGCGUGGCGGGCAACGUGGCCUUCACGUUCUUCUUCGCCCUGGCCAUCAGGUCGUAUCCAGUCGUGGCGCACUGCAGGGCCGUCGGCACAGGCCUCGCCUGUUUCCUCCUCGGCAGAGUCAUGGGCAAUAUAGGCCUUUCCUUGAUCAGCGGGCUGAGCACCGACCUGCAGCUCUCCGUGACGGCCGUGCUGAUGGCGACCUUUGCAGUCGGCGUAGAGUUCCUGCCGAGUGAAGUGGACUGGAGGAGCCAGGCCUGCUCGAGUGCUCACAGCAGGUCCAGCGUUCAAUCCGCCGGCGAGCUGAGGCGCACCCUGUUCGACUCCCUGGUGCCACUGCCCAAGGAGCCUGUCAAGUGGCGCAGCGCCCAGUCACGCUCGAGGAGCCUAUCCUUGCCAGAACAGUACUCCUUGCGCCUAGGAGAAACGUCGAGGUCAAUCAGUGGCGAAUAGACGACGCAUCGGCUACUAUCCCGACUGUGCUGUCCUCUAGCAUGUUUUUUAUUGCUUACUUUAUUUGCCUUAAAUGUUCAAUAUAAUGCGUUGAAACAUGCCGUUUCAUGUUGUUCAAAAUGUUUUGUUUGCCCUAUGAGGAAAACUGGCGAUUUUACCAGAUUUAUUGAUUU